UCAAAGAAGAGACUAUUGUUUAUUAUUUUCUUAAAAUAAAUUGUUUGUUAUAAGAUAGAUAUUAAAAAAGCAAAUAUUAAAGGAGUAGAAAUUCAUAAAUAAAUGAGUGAAGAUAAACCUAACAGGCCUAAGAUUUUAGUUGAAAAAGUGCAUAAUAUGACAGGCUCUACUGCAGGUGCAGGUAGUGGAGAGUUUCAUAAUUAUAGUCUUCAUAAGUAGCGUGAAAGAGCUCGUCUUGCUGCAAUGGAAUAUGAGCAUAGAUAAGAACAGAAAAAGAUAAAAUUUGAAUCAAAGCAAUAAGAGCUUGAUAAUAAAGCAGAAUAGAUAACUGAUAAGAAAAGAUAAAAGCGUCUCAAAAAAAAAUAAACCAAGCAAAAUCUAAAAUUGAAAAAGCAAGCAUAACAAUUAAAUAAAUUUUCUAAUGAUGGUUCAUUUCUUGAAUAAUUUAUGAAAACGAAGGAUUAAUAGGGCUCAAAUGAUAAUGAAAGCGAUCAAGAUGAAGAUAGCAGUUCUGACCAAAGUGAAAAUGAAGGAAAAUAAAUUAAAUAAAAUGAAUAGGAGCCAAAUUUAUAAAAAAAAGUUAAACCAAAUGAUAAUGAAGCAGAAAAAGAAUAAAACAAAGAUACUAAAUAAAAAGAAACAGAUGAUUGA